CAGUUAAAAAAUACGUACUAGAUAACGAUUAUGGAAGAUGGAGAGUAAAUUGGGGCAAAUAGAUCCAUCUUUGGAGAAACAGUUGAAGGGUCAUCGAAGUGCGAUCACAGGACUUUCAUACAACCCAAAUGACCAACAAAUUGCUAGCAGUUCCUUAGACAACAGUGUUUUGUUAUGGGACCUAGCUGGGACUAUGCGUAGCUACAGAUUCCGCGGGCAUGACGAAGCUGUGAUGGCUGUGACGUUCUCCCCGACCGGCAAGUAUAUGGCGUCGGCGUCUCGCGAUAAGACUGUUAGGAUUUGGGUACCAAGUGUCACAGGUAGCACUGGCGUGUUUAAGGCGCAUUCUCAGACUGUACGCUCGGUACAAUUUAGCCCUGAUGGAUCUAAGAUUAUAACAGCUUCAGAUGAUAAAAUAGUAAAGCUAUGGUCUAGUGAAAAAUACAGAUUUAUAGCCUCUUUUGUAGGACACACAAAUUGGGUAAGAUGUGCCCGGAUUUCCAAUGAUGGUUCCAUCAUAGCAUCCUGUUCUGAUGAUAAGACGGCGCGUUUAUGGAAUCCGGAUUCGGGGGUGCUAAUAAAUACUUACAAGGAUCAGAAAGGACACGGGAUGUGUUUAGCUUGGCACCCUUCUGGUUGUUACAUUGCAGUUGGAACAUCACGUGGGAAUGUUAAACUUUAUGAUGUAAGGACUCAUAGUCUAGUCCAGUAUUAUAGCAUUCACAAUGAUGGGAUUACAAAUAUAUCAUUUCAUCCAAGUGGUAGUUACGUAAUUACAUCUAGCAGAGAUGGUAAAAUGAAGAUUCUAGACUUAUUGGAAGGCCACCCUAUAUUCACCUUGAGUGGACAUGAAGGACCAGUCAAUGCUGUAACUUUCUCACCUGGCGGAGAAUCGUUUGCUUCAGCUGGUGAUGACAAAUUGGUAAAUAUCUGGAAAACAAAUUUCACAGAGCUAGCAAAUGAUUUGAAAGAAAAUGUGGCUCAGAAUCCAACUGCAUUAGGAACUGCCUCACAGACCUCCACUGCUUCUAGACCCAAGAAUCAGGGUAUAAGAUCUUGGUACCUUUGUUUUCACAAUGCCAAGAUUCCUGUGUCUACAUUUACUCAUAUGGAUGAUAUAACAGAAUCUUCACAUGGUAAUCAAUCAAGUACAACACAGCAUCCAAAUGCAAAUAGUACCCUGACUGAAGCUAGUGAUAAUACUCCAACAUGGGCAUCCAGACUUUACGCCACAACUCUGAACAGUUUCUUUAACAGGACUCACCCACACUCAGAUUCUAGAGAUGCUGAAUGUCAAUCGCCUACUUGGUUUUCUAAUAUGGCUCAAUCAAGUAAUUCUCCUAAUCGCCCACCAUUAUCUGAUGAUCAUCCGUUAGCUAGUGUCAGUCGUAUAAGCCAUAUUCCUCAUUGUCCACCAGUAAUUUUGGCUAAUGAACCCACUGGCAGUUGGGGUCACACAAAUGAAACACCUUGUCAUCCACUUUUGAAUUCCUCUAGAUGCCUAUCUCAUAAUGUUGGCCAUAUUAGUCAUAUACCACGAGUUGGACCUCCAAAACCUGGAACCUACACAGUACCAUCAAUUAUAUCUCGAACUAUUGGAACUGAAAUGAGAGAUGAUCAAGAGGAUGAUAUGUUUGGAUUGAUAAAAUUGAAAAAUAAAGAUAUCUGCUAUACCAGUGGUACUAUAGAGUGGGUUGGCAGGAAGAGAAAUUUUCCAAUUAACAGUGGUUUCAAAUUACUGAAUGACAGUCAAGGGCCACUAUGGAAAAAAUCAAAAAAAAUUGACAAGAGCAACUUAUAUGGAGCAGACAAUUGUGAAGAUUGUGAGUGUGCUGAUGUACUGCCUACAGUGAAUGCUCUUGUAGACCAUUUAAAUGCAUUACAUGAAGCAGUGGAUAUUGUUGAUUUGAGAUUGAAUACACUUGAAAGUGUUAUGAGCACAAAUGAUUAA